UUUUCUUGGCGCAAGCGUUGAGCUUCGAGCUUGCCGGCACGAUCACGCACGCUGUCGUCUUUGCUUACGCUUUCCAUUGCACCUUUCCCCUUCAUCUCAUCAGUAAAUCCGUCUCGAGAUGUUCGCUAGGCAAUUCUUCCGCCCAGCCAAGCAGCUGCAGCAGCAUGUCCGCCGCUAUGCAUCUGAGGCGCCCAAGUCCGGCAGCAACAACAGCGUUCUCUACACUGGUGUUGGCGCUGCCGGUCUCGCUGGUGCCUACCUCUAUCUGAGGGGCGGCGACUCAGCUUCAGGGCAGCAGGGCGCUGCUCCUCCGUCUGCUGAGGAGAGUAAGAUCCCCGCCUCGACCGGCGAGGUCAAGAAGGCCUUCACUGGUGGCGACCAAGGCUUCCUGUCGCUGGUGCUCGAGAAGUCGGAGAUUGUCAACCACAACACCAAGAAGCUCACCUUCAAGCUGCCCGAGGAGGAUCAGGAGAGCGGCCUGUCUGUUGCCUCUGCCGUUAUCACCAAGUACAAGGGCCCUGAGAUGAAGAAGCCCGUCAUCCGUCCAUACACUCCCAUCAGCGAUGUCGAUCAGAAGGGCACCGUUGAAUUUAUCAUCAAGAAGUAUCCCGACGGCCCCAUGUCCGAGCACAUGCACAACCUCGAGCCCGGGCAGCGUCUGGACGUCAAGGGCCCCAUCCCCAAGUAUCAGUGGUCGCCCAACAAGCACGAGCACAUUGCGCUGAUCGCAGGUGGAACCGGUAUCACCCCCAUGUGGCAGACCGCCCGCGCCAUCUUCAAGAACCCCGAGGACAAGACCAAGGUCACACUAGUAUUCGGCAACGUCUCUGAAGAGGAUAUCCUGUUGAAGCGCGAGUUUGCGGAGCUCGAGAACACAUACCCCCAGCGCUUCCGCGCCUUCUACGUCCUGGACAACCCGCCUGAGCAGUGGCAGGGCGGCAAGGGUUUCGUCACCAAGGAGCUGCUCAAGACUGUGCUUCCUGAGCCCAAGGAGGGCGAGAAGAUCAAGAUCUUCGUCUGCGGUCCCCCCGGCAUGUACAAGGCCAUCAGUGGUGGUAAGAAGAGCCCCCAGGAUCAAGGCGAGCUUGAGGGUUACCUGAAGGAGCUGGGAUACAGCAAGGACCAGGUCUACAAGUUCUAGAUGAGUGCGAGAGGGCUGUACGAUAUGUCUGCUAGAUAUAGAUUCCCCAUCAAGCAAGCGAUCCGCAAGUUUCACAACACCCAUCACUCAGUAAUGGCCUGGUGUGUGGAGGUUGUAGGCCUGGCUCAUGUCCAAACGCGCUCUCGAACUCGUGGUGAAGGAGGCAACAAACGCGAAGGACAGUC